AUGGAAUGGACGCUCAACUCACACCGUUCCUUGCCCUCUUGGCAUCAAAACAAAGUCGUUCUAGUGGGCGAUGCCAGUCAUCCUAUGUUGCCAUACCUAGCACAAGGCGCUGCACAAGCCAUCGAAGACGCCGGCGUUCUCCAAGUCGUUCUCAACAAAUCGUCCACAGAUAUCGGUCUGGCCAUCAAAAUAUACGAGCAAGUCCGCAAAGCCCGCGGUGAAGCCGUGCAAGCCUCAGCCUCUGAAGUACGCACAGCUUUGCAUCUCCCAGAUGAUCUUGAGCAGAGAGAGCGUGACAACAAGAUACGCUUGGCUGGUCAGGGUAAGGGCGACAAUCCUGAUCUGUGGGCAGACAAGGAUAUGCAACAGUGGCUGUGGAGCACCGACAUCAUGAAGGAGACUUUGUUGAAGUGGCCAGAGUGGAGAGCCAGGGCCAAGGGCACACAUUUGUCGUCGCUGAAUGCAGUGGCAUAUUCUUGGUGA